GAAGUCGACCGACGCGUCUUGUCGGGUCAACGACAGUUAUUCGCAUAAAUUCGACCCCAUCAAGAAAUCGUUGAGUACACAGUAAAUAUAGAUUGUAGAUUGUGUCUCAGAUCCAUGUUGUUAUAGCCUUUUUUUUUUUCCUCUCUUAUCACAUUUCUUUCAAGAAGGGACUUGAAAGGAAACUCGCCAUGUUCAUCGGCAUCUGCGGCAGUAUUUGCGCCGGCAAGAGCACCAUCGCUCAAUAUCUCGUUGAGCACCAUGGCUUCACACGUGUAUCGCUAGAGCAUACAACUAAGACGAUCGAUGAUAUCGUCAGCGGAGAAACCCCAAAUGAUCAUGUCAACGGUCUAAUCCACAAGCUCUUACCCGCCUACAUCACCUCUCACACCCAAUCUUCCACCUCCGCGCGCUCGAAAGGCCAUGUCUUCCCCUCCGCCGACGAUCUCCUCGACUUCAUCACUAAGCACUGGCGCGAGCGAUGGGUAACAACGGACAUUCCUACCGAGGGGAUCCUCGACAUGUACACCCGCCGGCCUUUCUUCCUGCUUAUCAGCGUCGAUGCUCCCCUCACUGUCCGAUGGCGCCGCUUCCGUGAGCGCGGGGAAAAACAACAACGUCACCGAAACAACAUGAAGUCCUACUCCUCCUCCGCCGGCGGUGCCGCUCUUGAAGCUGGAGACGAAGAACAACAAGAAGAAGAAGAAGAAGAAGAAGAACCCCUCAUCUUUGAAUCCUUCGCCCACCUCAACGACACGCAACUCUUCCUCCCACAAACCGGCCGGCUCCCACUGAUGUCGCGCGCCACCGUCCGCCUUCUCAACACGUCGCCCUCUCUUGCGCAUCUCUACGCCACGCUGGGGAAUCUCGACCUGCUCAACCCGGACCGUCUCCGGCCCUCAUGGGACUCGUACUUUAUGGCGCUCGCCUCGCUUGCCGCGCAGCGGUCCAACUGCAUGAAGCGGCGGGUCGGUUGCGUCGUGGUCCGCGACAAGCGCGUCAUCAGCACGGGGUACAACGGCACGCCUAGGGGAUUGAUCAACUGCGGCGAGGGCGGGUGCGGGCGGUGCAACGAGGGGCAGGGGUCCGGGCAGGGAUUGUCUACGUGUUUGUGCAUGCACGCGGAGGAGAAUGCGCUGUUGGAGGCCGGACGGGAGAGGGUGAGGGAGGGCGCGGUUUUGUAUUGCGAUACUUGCCCGUGCCUGACGUGCAGCAUCAAGAUUGCGCAGGUGGGGAUCAGUGAAGUGGUGUAUAGCCAAGGGUACAGUAUGGACGGGGAGACGGCGGCGGUGUUUAGACAGGCGGGAGUCAAGUUGAGGCAAUUCAUUCCGCCAGCAAAUGGUUUGAUAUACUUGGAGAAGACCGACUUUUUCCCUUAAACGUAAAUGAGUUGGAGCAUCGAUAGACGUCAAUCAACAUGAGCAUGUGGAGAGGUACCAGUAACCAUAUCACUAGAAAUGAUGCACAACUCUACUGUAACAGUGACAACUUGGCAACGAUACGAACCAUAAAUAUAAGGCAACAGCUGUCACUAUGUAUUAUGACUGGCAGUUAUGUUUGGAUUCUG